UAAAAUUCGCGGCCACUCCUCAUUACCCAAAGAGGGUUUAACAAACUGCACUAAAAAAAAUACAAACAAAAGACAGAGGGUUUAGCUUUAAGAACUCAACAAUAUUCAACUCCCUUGAAAGUUGAAAUCUUUCAUCUACGCCCAAAAUGGGUACCAACGCAAAUGCAUCAAGCUACGAGGAGCUUCGCAGAAAGAGAGUAGAAGAGAACAAGAAGAAGCUAGAAGAGCUCAAACUCAACCAGCUUGCUCAAUCUUUAAAACCCAUCUCUGUUUCUUCGGUGAAGAAGCCUCGGAUUCCUCAACAGGCAGCGGUGAUGUUGCCUGUCCGGAGGUCUAGCCGUGUUGCUGAAUUGCCACCGCCUACUUACAAAGAAGUUCCGCUUGAACCAUUGGGGAGGCCUAGGAGUUAUGGUGGUAAAAGGGAUUUGCUAAGUCGUGUAUAUGCCUCUGACAAAGAUAGACAGUAUGCUCUAGAGAAAGCCAAAGAAUUACAAUCAGGACUAGCCUCAGAAACCCCAAGCUUUGUUAAGCCAAUGCUUCAGUCACAUGUCACUGGCGGCUUUUGGCUGGGUCUUCCUCAACAUUUCUGCAACGGCCACCUCCCGAAAUAUGAUGAGAUAAUGACUUUAGUUGAUGAGGAGGGGAAUGAAUGGCCAACUAAGUACCUAGAUAGAAAGAAUGGACUUUCUGGAGGCUGGAAAGGCUUUGCAGUUGAUCAUGAUUUAGUUGAUGGUGAUGCUUUGGUGUUUCAACUGAUAAAGCCUACUAAGUUUCAGGUCUAUAUUGUGAGGGUAAAUCGACAUGAAGAUAAUAACAAUGAUGUCUCUGAGACUCCAGACCUUCCACAUUCUGAAAACAAAGCUGAAGGAGGGAGGAAAAGGAAAUGAUGAUUAGAGCUUGACUAAUCUUUGAUGAAGACUUGAUUAACGGCGGUGGAUAUCUGCAUAUAUAAUAUUAAGAUCCGCACAUCCAGUUAUGGAGACGUGCAAAUAUGAUUAGUGCGUUGCCGUGCUUAAUCAUCUAUUUGAACUCUUCUUCUUUUCAAAUUUUCGUACUUUAUAUUAUUUUAAAUUUACAUU